UUCGCCCACGCAACUUCAGUCUCUCAUUCGACACGUUAUUACUGACCUACCCCCUUAAGACUGUAAACGGUUUGGAUAGAUAUAGGGCAUCAUAGAAUCAUCAUUGGAUAACCCGCACAGGUAUACGGGACGAAAAGUGCGUCGAAAAAUUAAAUUCGAAAAAAGGGUGUCUCGUGUAUCUGGAAUUGUUUUUUGAACAAAAUCAAAAGAACGCCGCGAAUCAAACAAAAAACAUCAAAAAUUACGAAAAUACUAAUAAAUAAUAUAUAUAUUUUUUCGUUUAAUUUUUAAUCUCAUCCCUUUUUUCCCCUAAUUUUUUAAAACGACUUCUUCGUUUGAAUAAAAUACGUGACGGGUUGCCCAAUCGUAUACGGUGCUCGAGUUUUCUUACAUGCAGGCCGGAAAUGCCGACUGCCAACCGACGUUGCUUUCGGUCUCUCGUCAUCUUACUUUCGCUUCUGCAAGGAUGCACGGCUAUACAGCAGUUCGACGAGACGCCACAGUAUACAGAAGUGAAUCCUGGUCAGGAUGCAAAACUCAUAUGCCGUGUUCAGGGCAAACGCGGUCAGUGCAUCUGGCAAAAAGACCGUAAGCCAAUAGGAAUGCAUCUAAAAAAGUAUGAAUGGGUCGGAUCACCGGAUCUAGGGGAUUGCUCAUUAUGGGUGAGAUCAGCAGCCCUGGAGUUUGAUGACGGCCUAUGGCAAUGCCAAGUGACAGCUAGCGAAUUUACAGCUCAAGACGCCUUAGCGUCGGAGACAGCCAGAUUGGUAGUCCGCGUCAGCCCUCAAAGACCACAGAUUGAAUACGCCGGCACUCUCAUAUUACCUGGUACCAACGUCACUGCCAGGGCAGGUGAGAUAGCCAGUCUCACCUGUACAGCACGCUAUGGGAAUCCGUCACCGCUAAUCAAAUGGUACUUGGGAGAGACGGAAUUGCGUACUUUACGACCCCAAACUAACAGCACUGAGCCAGACAAUCCGAGAACUUGGUCGACCAAAAGUACUUGUGAAAUACUUGCUGAGAGGUCACGAUACGGUCAGCCAAUCAGAUGCGUUGCCAUUCAUCCUGCGUAUGCCAAUCCAACUAUGUCAUCCAGUACCGAAGUCCGUUUUGAUGUGCGAUAUGCACCUGAAACUAGACUAGUCGGUGUGCCAACUGGACAAUUGGAAGAAGGUCGCAAUCAAUUGGAAAUACGAUGCUUGGCCGAUGCAAAUCCACCUGCAUCAAUAUUAUGGAGGAAAACAAAGGGCACAGGUAUCACCGAAGUAGCGAGUAUUGGCGAAACCCUGACCUUUACGCCAAUCUUUCGCGAUCACGCUGCAGUCUAUAUUUGCGAAGCUGCUAAUACGGAAGGCGAAAGCAGUCCGGUAUCUGUUCAGAUAUCAGUCAAUUAUCCACCGAAAAUCAUCUCAGCAGGACCAGAUCAUUUUACGACAGCACUAUUGUACACAGGUACAUCCUUUGAAUGUCAUGCAGAUGCAAUGCCACCAGCUGAAUACAGAUGGGCUCAAAUUUUUACCGACGGUAGACCACCAGUUGAAUGCGGAUCAGGUCCUCGAUUGAUAUUGAAUAAUGUGACUUAUGAGCAGCAAGGUCAAUACAUAUGCUUAGCCUCGAACAAGAUUAACGGAAACAUCCGAGAGGUCAAGAGUAAGCCAGUAUCGCUGAAGGUGGUUGGCGCACCCAGAGUCGUUAAACCUGCUGGUUCAGAAAUGUUUGUAGUCUCCACUACCGAGGGCAGCCCAGCAAAAUUGGAAAUUCGAUUAUGCUCUGAUCCUGUUCCUAAGCUUGUAGCGUGGGAGUGGGGCAGCACCAGACUUCAUGCUGGCGAAGUCCUGGAAUCCAGAUAUCGUGCUUUGGACCUACAGCCGUUGGCACUGGAGAACUGUUAUAUAGCAAUAUUAGAAUUGACCAACGCCAUGAAAGAAGAUCAACGAUUGUACAACGUGAUAGUUGAAAAUACUCACGGAAUGGAUCGACGCGCACUUAUGUUAAGAGUCACCGAACCCGGUCAGAUACCGCUAGUAAUUGGCGCGGUCGCAGGCUUCACUGUAUUAUCAAUACUGAUAAUGGGAUUCAUCUGUUUUCUACGAUCCGAUCGUUGUUGUGUACCAAGGAACACGGUGCCAGCACUGCAACAAGUACAUUGUACAAAAGCAUCCAAUACAAUGAUAGAAGAUUCACGGCUAUCGGUUGAAACUAUGGAACGAACGGCACAACAGUACGUGCAACAUGAAAAACGUCAAAAUCACGUAGUUAAACCGGUACCGUCCCAAUAUCAACAGGAAUACUAUCAGCAUGAACAACAACAACAGCAACAACAGCGACCGCCGCUGCCGCAGCAACAGCACCCACAGCAACACUAUCAAAGGCACCAGCAUCAGCACCAUCACGGGCCACAGUACACUCUGCAGGGGGAGCAGCUGUUUCUCAAGCCGGAUCGCCUCGCGACAUUGAAGCCCCGUUGCAAGAUUGAGAAACCACCCCAAUAUACUACCUUCAAGCCGAGUACGAAUGACUGAGGAACGAUAUCAUAGUGCUUCGAUUUUCAAAAUGUCCAACAGGAUUGGAGAAAGCAAAAUCAAAUAUAGAAAAAUGGAAGUCUGUGUAUUAUCAGAAAGCCCGGUAUUUUUGAUCCCACAGUUCAUAUUUGUUUGCGAAAAAUUUUCAUGAGAAAUGCCAAUAGACUUUUCGUAAGAGAGUGGUAAUGGUGCUAUUCGUUAUGAUAAAAAAAUUUAAAGUCAAUCCAACUACAGUUGGAAAUACAGAACAUCAUACAUAAAGAGCAGAAUCACUAUAAAUGGAAAACAAAUGAGAUUUAUUUUAUCUUAAGGUAAAAUAAAUGUUCUUCUCAAAUUCCAUCAAUCAGCCUACAUCUCUUUCGAACCAAAAAGAUAGACUGAACAUCGUGCAUACAAUUCAUUUUCUUUUCGUAUUUGAAGUCUUUAUGUUCCUAGAAAUAUAAGAAAUAUAGAUAAACAUGACUGUGGUGAAUAUUGUAUAAACAACCAAAACGCUUCUUAAUACUAUUUCAUAUGUAUUUCUAAACAUUUCAUAUUUUAAAACAAAUAAUUUAGUUUCCAAUUUAAGAUUUCUUACAACAACUUUGGAUGACAAAACUUUUUCUAAGGCCCCUAUUUUGAGGUCAUAAAUGAUCAUCAUUUAUGAUACUGACAUUUUAUAAACAUUUAAAGCCGAUCAAUUUACUGAUUAAUCCGCAAUUUUUAACAUAUAUUAACGCAUAAGUAUAAUAGAACCAAAACACCAUUUCGGUUCAUAACUACUUCCAACAUAAAAGGUAUUUCCUGUAUGUGGCAAUGACGUCAUAUUCAACCCAAUUAUCCGUUCCAAUUUAACAACAGAGAGUGAACAUGUUUCACAAUCAGCCACAAGAAGAGCUAUAACGUCUAAAACCAUACUUAUUUCUAUUAAUACCAAAAUUAUUUCAUUAUUUAAAUCGAAAUUAUCGAAUUAUCUAACUUUCACGACUAAGCUAAUGGCUGAUUGAAGAUUUUUCUGUAACAACUGACUAUCAAGCACAUGACUGUUAUGAUGUUCAUUUGGUUGAGGGGUGCAGAUUGCUGAUAAAAAACAAUAAUCAAACCUUUGUACUGCUAUACCAAAUACAUGCUUUUUUUAUUAAAUGUCCAAUAACUUAGUCAGGCACCCCCUAACCCCGCCCUCAUACUUCAAUUAUCAACAUUUCUACAUAAAGUGGAUAUUGCAAUGAUAUGCACACAAUUCUACAUAGACCCAUGUCAACCGCAUACUUAUUUCUAGUUAUACUCAAGAAUAUAUUAGGAAUAAUAUUAUUAGUAUCUAAAUAAUGCAACAGUCCGUAAUUUGACGCAAAAGCCAAUUUAGUAGAGAGGUGAUAAUCUGAAUACAGACAAAUGAACUGAUUUAUUGUCGUUUUGAGUGAUUGCAAGGUAUAUUUCCAUGAAGCGAUAUUAGAGGGGAACACUCAUAAAGCUCAUGUCGCUCCUUUUUCCUGAACUUUUCGUCCAGCUUUUGUUUCACCACCAUUCAUUCAUUCUUCAUAAUUCCUCCUUCAUUUAAUUCAAUCACUUCCUUGUUCUCAUACAAUGUCUUCUAAUAAUCUUCAACGUUCUUCUACGUAGAUCUUUUCUCAUCAAUUCCCAUUUUUCAAAUGCUUACUGAUUCUAAUUCUUUUACUCUUUCGCCUGUCUCCCUCAUACACCUUCUUUGUUUAAGAUUCUUGGAUUCGAAUUAUUAUUAAUAAAAGAAAAGGACGCAAACUGUCACUCAGGAUACGCUAUACCUUAUCAUAAUAUCAAGGUCUUAUUAAGGAAUAGUAAUCAGUUAUCAUUAUCUUUCAUUAUCCGUUUAUUGCUAUGCUUAUCAUUUUAUAAAUUGGAAAUCGUGCAAAACAGUCAACGUACAUAAAGUGAUUACCAAUACAUUAAUGUCCGAGCCGAAAGUAUCUUCUUCAACUAAUGAACAUUUAGGACGUUUAAAUGGUAAGAUUAAGUUCCUCAAUUUCUUUGUGGUAAAUCGUGACAUCCUUAAAGUACAUAUUAGGCACGGUGAAGUUGAAUCCAUAGAC